AUGGCCCAACGCGUCACUCUCCGCAAGCGCAAUCCCUACAACACCACCUCCAACCGCCGACGAGUAGUCAAGACGCCAGGUGGCAGGCUCGUCUACCACCACCUGAAAAAACCUGCCACUGCGCCCAAGUGCGGAGACUGUGGAAUUGCACUCCCCGGUAUUAUUGCACUGCGCCCACGCCAAUAUGCGACUGUCUCCAAAACAAAGAAGACCGUCCGCAGGGCGUACGGCGGCUCAAGAUGCGGUGACUGCGUUAAGCAGCGCAUCCUCCGAGCAUUCUUGCUCGAGGAAGCAAAGAUCGUCAAGAAGGUGAUCAAGUCUCAGCAGAAGGCUGGCGGCAGGCAGUAG